AAGCAGCAAAGUCAAGAUGGCCGAGUUGGUCUAAGGCGCCCGCUUCAGGUGCGGGUCCGAAAGGGCGUGGGUUCAAAUCCCACUCUUGACAUUAUUUUUGUCUUUCUUUUGGCAUUUUUUACUUCCUUUUGCUAGUUACUUUAAUCUUGUUAAUGUUGAUGACCAUAGCACCGGUGACAACAUAUUAAAGCUUGAGCUAAAUUAUUUAAGUUAAUAAGAAGUAGAGAAUAUUGUACCAUAGUGAACUGUACAAAAUUAAAAUUAUAAUAUAUCGGAUCAACGGGUGGAAGGUCACGCAUAAUGAACAGUCGGCUCGAUGCUCGGCUCUAGAAUGGUUGACUGCAUGGGCAAAAAGUAAGUCGACACGUGGAGAAAAGGGUCCCACCACAUGGUGGCAGUUGAGAUGUUGACCAAAUGACCCUAAGCUCCUAAACCCAACAACUAGUAAACAGUUCUCUCACAGACCGGUGAGGUUGCUCACCUGCAUUCACUCCUCUUUGCCUCCAAUGUCCUUUCCUAUUUGUUAUUAUACUCAUAUCUCUAUACAUGGUUCCACCUAUCAGUGCAAGUACAAGACAAUAACUCCAAACAUAAUUAAGCUCUAUAACAUUCAAUUAUUUACUUACUUUUAGGUUCUAUAUACCUACCCAAUAGUAGUUGUAAGAUAAACAUAGACAGAGAGAGAGAGAGAGAGAGAGAAGUGAUGGUAAAGAAGUUGAGUUGGUGGAAACAAAGGCAGGCGAGACAGGUGUGAACCGGUUGUUGUUGACUCUCACCAUUACUAAACCCAUGAAGUUUCACUAGUUACCCUCUAUAAACCAGUUUUGUUUCUCACCUCUUUUAAGACGAGGAGCACUAUGGUUGCAUCUAAUGUUGUAUAGACCAUUAAUUCUCUUUUAAAAAAAACAAAUGAUAACAGCUAAACGUAAUAUGAACUAAACAAAAAAAAAGUGUAAUUGAAAAGUUAUGAUCUCUCUAUUAGACAGCUUAACCAACAAAGCUAACCCCACUUUCACUUCAUAUUUAAUCUCUCUUUCUCUUCUCUUCUUUCUUCAAUCAUCUGCUUCUCUAAACAUCUGAGUAUUUUCUAUCAAUGAGCACCUCAGUGAUGAAGUUCUUGAAUCAAACCCUUUGUCUCUCUCUUGUCAUAUCCAUGGCUACUCUGUCCUAUGCUCAGACAUGUUCCAAAUACAAAUUCUCCAGCAACAAUGUCUUUUCUUCCUGCAACGACCUCCCUUUUCUUGAUUCUUUCCUCCAUUACACUUAUGAUUCUUCCACGGGAACCCUCCACAUCGCUUACCGCCACACCAAGCUCACCUCUGGCAAAUGGGUUGCUUGGGCCGUGAACCCAACGUCUACGGGAAUGGUGGGAGCUCAAGCCAUCGUGGCUUAUCCACAAUCAGACGGCACUGUCAGGGUUUACACUUCUCCUAUCAGAAGCUACCAGACAAGUCUACAGGAGGGUGAUCUGAGCUUCAACGUCUCAAGGUUGUCUGCAACUUAUGAGAACAACGAGAUGGUUAUCUUGGCAAGUCUGAGUCUUGCACAGGAUCUAGGGAAUGGUGGAACCAUUAACACUGUGUGGCAAGAUGGUUCCAUGUCUGGGAACAGUCCUCUGCCUCAUCCAACUUCUGGCAACAAUGUCCGCUCUGUGUCCACUCUCAAUGUGGUCUCUGGUGUUUCUGCAGCUGCCGGAGGAGCUGGAGGAAGUUCCAAGCUCCGUAAACGCAACAUACAUGGAAUAUUGAACGGAGUGAGCUGGGGAAUAAUGAUGCCAGUAGGGGCAAUCAUUGCCCGCUACUUGAGGGUCGCCAAAUCAGCAAACCCUGCUUGGUUCUACAUUCACGUUUUCUGCCAGGCUUCUGCUUACAUCAUAGGUGUGGCCGGAUGGGCCACUGGUCUAAAACUCGGUGGCGACUCACCAGGGAUCCAAUAUAGCACCCACCGUUCUAUCGGGAUUGCUCUCUUCUCCCUAGCAACAGUCCAGGUUUUUGCGAUGUUUUUGAGGCCGAAACCAGAGCACAAGCACAGGCUCUACUGGAACAUAUACCACCACUCAAUAGGCUACACGUUGAUCAUUUUGGGGGUGGUGAACGUGUUUAAAGGGCUAGAGAUAUUGAGUCCUAAGAAGCAGUGGAAAAACGCUUACACUGGUAUCAUCGUUGCUCUCGCCAUUGUGGCCACCCUGCUUGAAGCCUUCACUUGGUAUGUGGUCAUUAAGAGAAGGAAACUAGAGGAAUCUGCUAAAUCGGCCCCGCAUGGAGCAUCCAACGGCUCUCGGUCUCAGUAUGCUUAAGACUAGCACUAGAGUUGUUUCCUUUUCUCUGUGCAUAGAGCGUGUUCUUUUUAUGAUUUAUCUGCUUAUCUAUCCAUUUUCAGUAGGUUAAUGUCGAGUUCCCAUAUGCGUUUAUGAUUUUAUUGAGAAGAGGGGCUUUUGCCUCUACUUUCCCUUCUGAACAGAGAAAUAAUAAUUGCCAUUUUAUUU